AUGAGACAAGAGCAUCAAUGUCCCAAAGAAUGUGAAGAAAAAGGAAUUUGCAAAAUAGUAACAGAGCCUACUGCUGAUUCUUCUCAAACUUUCCAAAGAUUUCCUUGUUGUAUAAUAAUUCCUCCAUACAAAUUUGAACAUGAUGGAAAGCAUGUUCAUGAAACAAAAAAACCUCAUCUUUGUAACGAUAAUUGUCCAAAUGAUGAAGGUCAACAUAUUAAGGAAGAAGAGUAUAACCAAGAUUUUCAUUUUUGUGAUGUUAAAUGUCCAAAUUGUUUCUACUAUUGCACUUUACCUUAUGGUCAUUAUGAAAAAUAUUAUACCAAACAUUCAACUACUCAUGGUAAUAUGUCUUUAACUACAUUUGCCUGUGAAGAUGAUGAAGACUCUCAGGUUUGUAGUAAUCUUGCAAAAAAAGAAGGCUUAUAUGAACAUAUAAAAGUAAACAUUAGUCCAAAACCUGAUGAAGCAAAGGAUUAUAUAUCUCACUGGUUAUUUUGGGAGAGAACAAUGUUUGAAGAUCCUUAUUCGAAAGGUGAGCGUGAUUAA